GUGUGGUUGUCUAGUUGUGAUCUCUGACUGGCGGCGGGAUAGUUGUUGCGUUAGCUGACGAGCAGAUUUGAUCCGUUUAGAGGCGUAGAGCUGCAGGUGAACCCGCACACACUCAGAUCACACACAUUGAGGAUUUUCUAUGUGACCUUUGGUAGUUUCCAUGGAAACCAGAGCAUUCCUCAAGAGAAGAGCUGCAGCUGUUUUCACGCUAACAUGGACCAUGUUAUCAGCACUACGUGGAUGAGAGUAAAACCAGAGGAGACAGCAGGACCUGAAUAUCUCUGUGUGAGUCCAGGACAACAGAGUCCAGCAGUCAGAGUGGAGACCUGCUGGAUCUCAGAGACCAGGACCAGGAGCCCGUUUCAGAAAGCAGCUUUAACAAACUCUGAGAUGGAAAAGUUUUCGGUUCCAGAACAGCUGAUCAGAGUUUGUUCAAUCAGAUGUGAGGAUGAAAACAGCCGUCAUCAAUGGAGCUCUGAUACUACAAUUCACCAUGGUAACAGAGACCAGGACCAGGAGCACUACUAGAGCGAAAUGGAGGAGAACCCGGACCAGUGGAGCAACAAGGUCCCCAGAAGACCAGCAGCAGGCUCAUCUUCUGAUACCACCGAUGUUCAGAAACAGAGAGGAAGACGAGGACUGAUUGAUCAUAGAGUUCACACUGGAGAGAAACUACACAGCUGUGACCAAUGUGGGAAAACUUUCACUAAGGGCAGUAGCCUCAGAGUCCAUGAACGUAUUCACACUGGAGAGAAACCCUACAACUGUGAUGAAUGUGGAGCAGCUUUCAAUACAUCGGGUACCCUAAAAACACAUCAACGCAUUCACACUGGAGAGAAACCCUACAGCUGUGAUGAAUGCGGGGCAGCUUUCACUCGAUCCGGCAACCUAAAAACACAUCAACGCAGUCACACUGGAGAGAAACCAUACUGGUGUGAUGUAUGUGGGUCAGCCUUCACAACAUCAGGUGACCUAAAAACACAUCAAUGCAUUCACACUGCAGAGAAACUACACAGCUGUGACCAAUGUGAGAAGAUUUGCGCUAAAGGGAGUAUUCUCAGAGUCCACCAACGCUUUCACACUGGAGAGAAACCCUACAACUGUGGUGAAUGUGGGGCAGCUUUCACUCGAUCAGGCAACCUAAAAACACAUCAACGCACUCACACUGGAGAGAAACCGUACUGGUGUGACCAAUGUGGGAAAACUUUUUCUCGAGAUAGCAACCUAAAAACACAUCAACGCACUCACACUGGAGAGAAACCAUACUGGUGUGACAAAUGUGGGAAAACCUUUUCUCGGGAUAGUUCCCUUAAAGACCACCAACGCAUUCACACUGCAGAGAAACCAUACUGGUGUGACCAAUGUGGUAAAACUUUUUCUCAGAAUGGUAUCCUUAAAGCCCACCAACUCAUUCACACUGGAGACAAACCGUACAGCUGUGACCAAUGUGGGAAAACUUUUUCUCGGGAUAGCAACCUAAAAACACAUCAACGCAUUCACACCGGAGAGAAACCGUACUGGUGUGACAAAUGUGGGAAAACUUUUUCUCGGGAUAGUUCCCUUAAAGACCACCAACGCAUUCACACUGCAGAGAAACCGUACUGGUGUGACCAAUGUGGGAAAACUUUUUCUCAGAAUGGUAUCCUUAAAGCCCACCAACUCAUUCACGCUGGAGAGAAAUCGUACAGCUGUGACCAAUGUGGGAAAACGUUUUCUUGGUCUGGUCACCUUAAAGUCCACCAACGCAUUCACAUUGGAGAGAAACCGCACUAGUGUGACCAAUGUGGUCAAACUUUUUCUCGGUCUGAUAGCCUUAAAGUCCAUUAAUUGUGGUUUUGUUUUCAACAUGACGUAUUUCCCAUGAAUGCAUCCUUUGUGACUCUAUGGGUCACGCUAACUUUUCACUCAGCACCUCUGUUACAGAGAUUUAGGGAAACAAGGACUAGUGCAGAACAUGGAUAUCAUGGACAGCUGCUCGAGCAUCCUACAACUUUCCGAAUUAACUGACUCAGUCAGUUAAACUUUACCAGAAACUUUACCUGACCUCCCAGACACUAAUUGUUGAGAUUCUUAAUUUACAACCAGCCUGAUUAAGCUCACAGAGGAGAAACAACCACAAGACUUACAGCCUGAAUACACAACGAUUGUCAGGAGUGCGUGGCGGCUGUGUGGCAUGAUGGCUGCGUGAUACAUGCGCCGGGCGUUUACACCAGCUGCAUUUCAGCUGCGUGUCUGCUGCUGCUGUCAGCCAUUUCUUUCUACAUAGAGUUUGCCUUUUAAUGGCCAUUUCAUUUCAUUAUAAA